AUGUGGACAGCCUACGUGGACAACGAGGUGACACAGAAACCUGGUAUAAUGGGUUCAUUCAUUUUUGGUGAUUUACUAAACCUACUGUUGGAUUUGAAUUCAAAUUCAGGGUGUAUAAGAUUUCCCGAUACACGUAAAUCGUAUAGCAAAAACCGUCCUCCGUCACAACCGACAAGAAGAGCACAACCAGGUAUUGCAGGAACCGGGAAUGGAUAUAUACCUCAGCCAGGCGGUGGUGGCGGGUUCGGAAACGGUGGCGGUGUUGGUGGCGGCGGCGGGUUCGGAAACGGUGGCGGUGUUGGUGGAUUGGGAGGAAUUGGAGGUGGAGUUAUUGCCAAAGCACUGGUCUGUCUGAGUGACAAGAUUUACAGUGGUUGUGGGGAGUCGUAUAGGUUGACGGAGAGUGGAGACCUCCACGUCCCACUCGACUAUACCAAUCAAUACUGUAGUGGUCCGUGCCUUAGAGAGACAAAGCUCGUGCUCAGUUGCAUCAACGAUGUGUUAUCAAACUUCGUCUUUUACAAUCGUGCAACCGUAAGGGACGUGAGGGACACCAUCACAGCCGGAUGUAGCUAUGGUCCUACACGAGGUGACUUCAAUGUGGCUGAAUACGUUCGUGCAUAUGGAAGCAAUUCAUACAAGCUUUCAUACCCUAAUCUACUAGUGAUUGUACCUUUUAUCUCGAUUUGUAUUAUAUUGUUUUGAUGAUCUACCUUUGCCCCCUUUUUAACUUAGGGG